AGAGCGCUCCUGAUCAAUCUCGAGACCUCUUUUAUCUCCUGUAGUUGUUGAAGUUAAUGGGACGACUAUUUCGCAUCUCGGUCGAGUAUCAACCAGUGAGUUUGUUUACAUGACUUCUUACACAGUGUUUCAAAGAUCAUCCGUAUUAUUUCCAGUUUUAUAGUGGAUAUUUCCUGAACCAUUCAAUAGUGUAUAUAAAUCUCGGCCGCUGUGGAGUGUGUGGAGUGUCUUACACUGCUCGCCAAUACAACAUGUUCCGGGGAUGUAAGUGUCCCAAGCAGUAGCCUCAUACAGUGGCAAGCUGUGUUCUCAUGAUUGGUGGUGACACAAAAAUAUACGUCAAUAAAAUCGAUAUUGUGGAAAAUAAAUGCCCGAUUACCCAUAAAAGGGUAUAUAAGUAUUAGAAGAUCCGUGUCUUGUAUGAUCUUUAAAUGUUUUGAGUGUCAUUUCGAACACACAAGGCUGAUUCGUUGGACUACAUACCAAAGUUGGCGGCGUAGGCUCAUCACAAAAGAGAACUUUCUGUCCGGAAUGCCGACCUAUAAAGGUUUCUGACUGUACGGAUGACACAUUUGUGACCAUUAUUUUGCUAAAUAACGACCUGCUUCGAGGUGUACAGGCCAAUCGUCUUAAACAACCAACUUCUCGAUGAUGCUUGUGUGUGACAAUCAUCUCAGAUAGUUACUGUUGAGAGAAACAACGCAAUCGAAACGCUGCGUCGUGAUGCUUAGCAACAGAUCGUGCGAUAUUUAAACCAAUCAGAAUCUCAGAAUCUCAGAAUAUUGUGACGUAAUCAAAAUGCCUCCUCCGAAUAGCCCGCCGUCACAGCAGACGUCUGCUCGACCGCUGCUCGGCGUAAAAGCCCGAAGCAUUCCGACUCCGGCUAAUCUAACCAAUACCACUCGCAGUGUACUACACUCACCAUUCGCAAGUGUGUCCGCGAACAUGGGCAACGGAGCGAGCGCUACAAAGAUUAUCAUAGAUGGGGAAACUUUAGAUCUAGUGAAAAUUAAACAAAUCAUACCGGAGCUUCGUAAGGAAUUAAAACAAAAGGAUGCGCAAAUACAGCAUUAUGAACAGGAAUUAUUUGAAAAGAAUAAACUUCUUGAAGAAAAGAUUGCGGAUGUAUCGAGACUUAAAGAGGAAGUACAUAAACUCAAAUCGGUGUUGCAAUUAAAGGUACACAAGGAUGGAAAACCGGAUAUCCUCGCUACUAUACAGGAGGAUGGUGGUACUCAGGGGCACGAAAGGGCCAAGAAACAGGGAGUCUCGGGCGAGAGCCCCAUGUCUGUCGGAGACGGCGAAAUUGAGAUUAAACACUUCGACAAAGACUUCAGAUCAAAACAGCUGAUUAAAGAUGCAAUUCUGGACAACGAUUUCCUCAAGAAGCUAGACUCUGCUCAGAUUCGUGAGGUGGUAGAGUGCAUGUACGAGAAACAGGUCAAGCAGGGACAUUUCAUCAUACGGGAAGGGGACCCGGGCCAGCACUUGUAUGUGGCCGCAGAGGGAGAAUUUGAAGUGCUCAAGGAGACUAAUGUACUUGGCAAGAUGGCUGCUGGGAGGGCGUUCGGUGAACUGGCAAUCCUGUACAACUGCACCCGCACUGCUUCAGUACGAGCGGUUACGGAUGUCAGAGUAUGGGUGCUGGACCGACGCAUUUUCCAGGCCAUUAUGAUGAAAACAGGAAUUCAAAGACAAGAAGAAAACAUUAAUUUUCUCAAAAGUGUGCCUUUGCUGCGAUCCUUGCCUGCUGAGAAGCUCUCCAAGCUUGCUGAUGUCCUGGAAGUGGAUUUCUUCCACGAAGGAGAGUAUAUCAUCCGAGAAGGAGCCACUGGGGACACAUUCUUCAUUCUCAACAAAGGCGAGGUCAAGGUCACUCAAACUAUUGCUGGCUUUGAUGAUCCUCAAGAAGUGCGCAAGCUCAAUCGGGGAGACUACUUUGGUGAAAAGUCAUUGCUGAGUGAAGACAGAAGGACUGCUAAUGUGAUUGCGCUGCCUCCUGGGGUGGAAUGCCUCACUGUGGAUAGGAAUUCCUUCAAUAAGCUCAUUGGGACACUCAGUGAGCUGCGGGAGAAGGAUUAUGGGGAUGCUGAACGUGGAGUCCAGAGAACAAGUACGGGUGCGCCUGCUGAUGGCAUGGUAUCGCCUACUGUCGAGCGUAUCGACCCAGAAUACCAGUUCAUACGCCUUGAAGACAUGGAGAUUGUUGCCACUCUUGGAAUGGGAGGCUUUGGCAGGGUAGAACUGGUGCAGCUGGCAGCGGACCGUGGCAAGACAUUCGCACUGAAGUGCCUCAAGAAGAAACACAUUGUGGAGACGAGACAGCAGGAACACAUCUACUCGGAAAAGAAGAUCAUGAUGGAAUGCCAUUCUCCAUUCAUUACCAGGUUGUUCAAGACCUUCAAGGACCGCAAGUUUGUGUACAUGAUGUUGGAGGUGUGCCUGGGGGGUGAGGUGUGGACAAUUCUCCGAGACCAUGGCUGCUUCGACGAGACCACCUCGCGAUUCGUGGUUGCCUGUGUUCUAGAGGCAUUCCAGUACCUUCAUUCUAAGGGCAUCAUUUACAGAGAUCUGAAACCAGAGAAUCUUCUUCUUGAUAAUAAGGGAUAUAUUAAACUGGUUGACUUUGGUUUUGCCAAGAAGAUUGGUUUUGGCCGCAAGACUUGGACGUUCUGUGGUACACCAGAGUAUGUGGCCCCAGAGAUUAUUCUGAACAAAGGUCACGACUACGCGGCGGACUACUGGUCUCUAGGAAUACUCAUGUUUGAAUUGCUCACUGGGAGCCCACCGUUUUCUGGUUCUGAUCCCAUGAGGACGUACAACAUCAUCUUGAAGGGUAUCGAUGUCAUCGAAUUUCCGAAGAAAAUUUCACGCAAUGCUCAUGUGCUCAUUAAGAAGCUGUGCCGAGACAACCCAACUGAACGUCUGGGAUACGGCAAGAACGGGAUAAUAGAUAUUAAGAAAAACAAAUGGUUCCAAGGCUUUGACUGGACUGGACUUGCAAACAGAGCUAUGGUUCCACCUCUUGUACCAAAGGAUCAAACAUUACAUGACUGGAAAAAGGUUAAAGGCCCAGCGGACUACAGUAACUUUGACCACUAUCCAAAGUCUUUGGAAGUGCCACCUGAUGAGCUUUCUGGCUGGGAUGCGGACUUCUGAAAAUCUUGACAGUGUGCUGCAGUCUGUGAUAUGGUGUUAGUGGUGAAGCCUGUUGGCUCAUGUUGCCUGAAACUGGACAUCAGUGCUGCUAAGGAAGAAUUGGGUUACUUAGCAAAAGCCAUGAAUAGAAACAACACAUUGGCUGAAGUUUAUUUUUAUGUGAAAAGACAGAACAUUCCAGAUUUAAUUCAAUACAUACUAGUUUUUUAAUUAAAUCACAAAUGAUCAGGAAAACAGUGAAAAAUGCUGCCUUGGCAAAGACAUUAUUCAAAUUUAGUGGUGUAUUUGUUUUAUGUGUUUUAUAUGUACCGGCAGUUAGUCAACAACAUCACAUGUUUUGGUAACAAGGCAAUCAAGUCACAUGCACUGGUAACUAGACAUCCAAAGCAUAUGCACUCGUAACUAGACAACCAAAUCUUAUGAUCUGGUAACUUGGCAACCAAAUCACAUGUACCGGUGACAAGGCAACCAAUUCACAUGUGCUGGUAUCAAAGCAAUCAAAUCACAUGUACUGGUAACUAGGCAACCAAUUCACAAGUUUGCUUAGCCAGGAAUAGGGAACAGGUAACCUGGACUGUUUAACUUGGAGACUUUGAGGCAGCCUUAGCUGGGAAUGUAUUCUUCAUGGUUGCAUCUCCACCAACUGCCUUGAGAAUUUUAUUUCACUUAAUAACGCAAUUCAUUACAACUAUUCUGAAGGACAGUUGUAUUCAUGAGUAAAUAUUAAGAAAUAUAGAUACGUGUUUGUUUGAUACUGUUUAUAAUUAACAUACAUAUAUAAGUUCUGAUUAUAUUAAACUUGUUUUUGUGGAAAAUCAUUAUUUUGUGUUAAGAUUUACCAUUGGCUAUCUUUUUGUUAAGUUUGUUAAAAUGUGUAUGAUAUAUAUACAUGUUUGCAUGGAUGAUAUAUUUGUACAUGUGCAUUCCAGAAUACAGAAUUGUAAUUUGCCGAUUCUGUAUACUUGUUACAACAUUGGAAUAUUUGCAAUACUUUUGUUGUUUAACAAGACUUUUUUCUGUCUUGAUUCUUGUUUUUUUAAUUGAAGAUUUCAACUUUUUAAAAUAAUAAUUCAGUUUGUUUAUUUCAUUAAUUUAUUAAGACACAUAGAAAACAUAAUAAAAUGUAAGAAAUUAAUUUUAAUUUGGAAUUUAGUUGUUGUUUAUGUUAAAGUUGUAAUUUUCAUCAAUGCAUCAAUUGUCAUAGUCCAUAUGCCAAAAUAUCAUAAAAUGAAGCCAAAAUACAUUGCAAAAUAACAAACAUGUCAGCUAUAUGCAAAAUGCAUGAUGUUGAAAAAGACUACCUUUCUUUUUAGUAAUCUUUAUAUGAAGAAAUCUAGUGUACUUUGUAUGUGCAUUUUCUCAAAAUAAUGGUAAUAGUUAUUUAUUUUUUUGAACUUCUAUAAAAUCCUGAAGAAGAUUGAUUUAGAAUUUUGCAUUGUGUCGCAUUUAAUGUAUACUAACUAAUUAUUAUGUGUACUUGCCCUAGAACUCGUGUAUUGAUAGGACAGCGUUAUUUUCAUUAAUGAAAGAAGUAUCCAUUUUAUGCUUUCCAGUGGUUUAUAUAGAAAUAUCAGUCAAAUCAAACUUAUAAUUCACUGUUUCAAACAGUGAAAAUAACAGUGAAAAUUAUUGAUAAUUUUCACUGUUUUACAGUGAAAUGACUACAUUUUUUGACGAAAUGACGUCAAUAUUGCAGCAAAUUUCUCUAGUUAAACUAUCUUACAAUGUAAAUAAAGAGAAAAUGUGAGAAAAGCAUCAAAUAGAAAGAAAAUUGGUUGGAUUCUAUGGAAUAUCAAUUUUAAUUCACUCGUGAUCAUAGAAAAAAUGUUUUAUUAUUUAAAUAUUAUUUUCUAUGAUCACUUGUGAAUUAAAAUCGAUAUUCCACCGAAUCCAACAAAUAUCUUUCAUGUUAUUGCUUGAUCUCUGUUUGUAAAACAUUAAUUAACAAUUCAAAGUAAUUGAGCCUCGUUCUUCACAUUUGUGUAGUGUGGUCCCAUAUUAGCCUGUACAGACCACACAGGAUAAUCAGGAAGAUUAUUCGCGACUAUACUGAAUUCUUAUUUAGAAGAGACAUAGUUUAAAAGCAAAAUUCCAAAUGUGAAGAAAGUGUUGUCCGUGAUCAGCCUAUGCGGACUGCUCAUGCAUUAUAAUAAAGCCCCCUUUCCUUAGAGUAAGGCUCAAGUGAAUUUUAACCCUUUGCAAGCUGGGAAAUUUGUUGUCUGUUAAAAUGUUGUCUGCUGAAUUUCUAAAAUGAGCAUUUUCUUUGAUUUUUUUCAAAGAAUACUAUCAGAAUAGCAAACAGUUUGGAUCCGGAUGAGACUCCACGUUCUGUGGCGUCUCAUCUGGAUCCAAACUGUUUUCAAAGGCCUUCAAAAUUCGGUUCCAGCACUGAAAGGGUUAAGGCAAUGGGCAUAAGUAUCUGUAGCCAAGGAAUAAUCCAAUAUAUCUGUAGUUAAUUAUGAUAAACAAGUAGUAUUUGUUCUAUAUAUGUGCAUACAUGGUGGUUAAACUGUUAUCCAUUUCAUUUCUCUGUCUAGCAAAGGUAAGCAGAUACUACCUCAGUAGUUGACACUAAUACUAGUCAAAUAUUCAUAGCUAGUCUAUCCAUUAUAUUUAAUUAGAAACAUUUCUAAUGGAUACCUUAUUUCUGUUUUUACAUGCUUUAAAAAUCAUGUAUGGUAACCUUUGCAUUGAACAGAGGUCUUAUGUACAGUAUUUAUGUUGUUGUACUCAUUUGUGUUAUUUUGUUUGAAUGUACAACCAUUCCUUGAUUUUUGUUGAAAAUAUAGUAAAAACAAACUCAAGGUUUACAAUUAUAAUCAAGUCAUAUAAAGCUUUUGAUAGCUUCUUUAGAACAAAACAUAAUUUUUUACAAUACAUAUAUGAUAACAUCAUUACACAACAUCAAAUUAUAAAAACAUAAAAUAUGCAAUACAAGUACGUAAAGUCAUCUAAGCUAGGAAAAACAUGCACUUCAUAUUAUUUCAUGAUUUUUUACAAAAGCAGGAAAACGGAAGAACUAAGGAUUUAAAUAAAAUGUCCAUUAGUUUACUAGUUAAAUAAAGAUCGUUUGUUAUUCUACGGACUGAAUUCAUGGAAUCUUGUUCUACAACUGUCUCAACAAAUAGAUUAUAUCACCAUAAGUUGUUGUGUUUCCAAGUAUUGAUUGAUUGUUUACACAAACUAUUCUUUGUUUUCAAAUUAUGUAGUUCAAGAUUGUAAUUUAAAAUGGUAUUGUUAUGAAUGUUUUUACCCAUGUUUUGUAAGCAAAUGAUAUAGAAUCAUUUAUUAUUUCAUAUAUGUGUAUAUUCUGUAUCCAGUUCUGCUAUUUGGAUACUUUAAUUUGUUAACAUUUCGUUAUUGGAUAGCUUAGUAUAAUGUUAUGAUUUAGAUCUUAAUUGUUACUCUCUUGUUAUGUUCUAUUUUUAUAUUAUAUUGGAUGAAUAUUGCACAGGGGUCAUUUUUAAGAAAAACAGAAAUAUAAGACAGUUAAAAAUACAAAAACAUGUUCCGUGUUAUAAAACAAAACAU